AUGGAUCAAAACCAAACAUCAUCAACGGCAAACAUGGACGAAAACCAAAGAUCAGCAGUGGCUGUUGGCUGGUGGCUAGUGGUAUCUCUGUUGAUGAGGUUCCUUACAUUCAUUUUCUUGUUAGUAUCAUUGAUUGUCCUUGUUACUGAUAGUACUGUUGAAUCAGUUGAUAUCUUUGGUUUUCCAGUCAAGGCCACUGAUUUCUAUGCUUAUCGUUACAUGAUAUCUGCAAUUACGAUAGGAAUGGCCUACACACUGCUAUUAGUUGUAUUAACAAUCUUCCACACCAUCUCUGCAAGUCCCAUUGGCGGUAAACGCGUUGCUUAUUUUGAAUUUUAUAGUGAUAAGGUUAUUUCGUACCUAUUGGCAACUGGUGCAGCUGCUGGAUUAGGAUUCAGUGUGGAAUAUAACAGAAAUCUGGGCAUAGAUUUUUUCAACGUAGCAAAUGCUGCUGCUAGCUUGCUUCUUCUUGGAUCUUUUUUCUCUGCUUUAUCCUCUGUCCUUUCUUCUCUUAAUCUUCCAAAAAGAUCUUAA